AUGGCGAGCUGCUGCUCUUGCCCACAGCUGGGCAGCUCUUUAGGCGGCUGGCUGAAGCUGGCUGUUGCUGCAGGUGGUAUACUUGUUGCCUGCUGCGGUUCUGCCCUUGGGGGCCCCCCUGGGGCCCCCCUUGGUGCCCCCGUUGGGGGGCCCCCCUACGUGCAGGGUUCAGACACAGGGCUCCGCCUGGCGGCCGUAGCAGCAGAGAGGCGGAGCAGCAGCAGCAGCAGCAGCAGACUUGGAGCAGCAGACUCGCUGGUGGCUGUGGCGGGCCGGAGUCGAAGAAAAGAAGUUGAAGAGGAAAUUGAAAAGCCUUUUGAACUCGCGAGGGGCCACAACAGGCAGCAGCCCGAGGGCUUUUCUGUUGGACUUUCUGGAAACAAAAGAACAGCAGUGGGGCUCUUUUUGGUUCUCUGCGGGCUCGUUUUGACAGGUAACAAACAAUAG